GCUCUCAGGAGGAAGUGUGCGGUCUGUAAGAUCGUCGUCCACACCGCCUGCAUCGAACAGCUAGAAAAGAUUAAUUUCCGAUGUAAACCAACAUUUCGAGAAGGGGGCUCAAGAUCACCGAGAGAAAAUUUUGUGCGUCAUCACUGGGUACACAGGCGUCGGCAGGAGGGAAAAUGUAAGCAGUGUGGUAAGGGCUUCCAGCAAAAAUUCUCCUUCCACAGUAAAGAGAUUGUGGCUAUCAGCUGUUCCUGGUGCAAGCAGGCGUUUCACAAUAAGGUGACCUGCUUCAUGCUGCACCAGAUUGAGGAACCCUGCUCCCUGGGGGCUCACGCUGCUGUUAUUGUCCCGCCCACCUGGAUCAUUAAGGUGAAGAAACCUCAGAACUCGCUGAAGGCUUCAAAUCGGAAGAAGAAGAGAACAAGCUUUAAAAGAAAAGCCAGUAAAAGAGGAACUGAAGUAAGUGAAAACAAAGGUCGUCCUUUUGUGAUAAAACCUAUCUCUUCUCCUCUCAUGAAACCUUUGCUUGUGUUUGUGAACCCCAAGAGUGGAGGCAACCAGGGAACCAAGGUCAUGCAGAUGUUCAUGUGGUACCUGAACCCACGGCAAGUCUUUGAUCUUUCUCAGGAAGGGCCAAAAGACGCGCUUGAAUUAUAUAGGAAAGUACCAAAUCUGCGGAUUCUGGCCUGUGGUGGGGAUGGAACGGUGGGCUGGAUCCUUUCCAUUCUGGAUGAACUGCAGCUGAGCCCUCAACCUCCGGUUGGGGUCCUUCCUCUGGGGACCGGGAACGACCUGGCUCGAACUCUCAACUGGGGAGGGGGCUACACUGAUGAACCUGUUUCCAAGAUCCUUUGCCAAGUAGAAGAUGGGACGAUUGUACAGCUAGAUCGCUGGAACCUCCAUGUGGAAAGAAACCCAGACUUGCCUCCAGAAGAACUUGAAGAUGGCGUGUGUAAGCUUCCUCUGAAUGUUUUCAAUAAUUACUUCAGCCUCGGAUUUGAUGCCCACGUCACACUGGAGUUCCAUGAAUCCAGAGAAGCAAAUCCAGAGAAAUUCAACAGUCGUUUUCGAAAUAAAAUGUUCUAUGCAGGGGCAGCUUUUUCUGAUUUCCUACAGAGAAGCUCUAGAGAUUUAUCCAAGCAUGUUAAAGUUGUCUGUGAUGGAACAGAUCUCACCCCAAAGAUUCAGGAACUGAAGUUCCAGUGUAUAGUAUUUUUAAAUAUACCCAGAUAUUGUGCUGGCACAAUGCCUUGGGGGAACCCAGGAGAUCACCAUGACUUUGAACCUCAGCGUCAUGACGAUGGUUAUAUUGAAGUCAUUGGAUUCACCAUGGCCUCUCUGGCUGCCCUGCAAGUCGGGGGCCACGGAGAAAGGCUGCACCAGUGUCGGGAGGUCAUGCUGCUAACUUACAAAUCCAUCCCCAUGCAAGUGGAUGGGGAGCCCUGUAGGUUGGCCCCGGCUAUGAUUCGGAUCUCGUUGAGGAAUCAGGCCAACAUGGUACAGAAGAGCAAGAGAAGGACGUCCAUGCCUUUACUCAAUGAUCCCCAGUCUGUCCCAGACCGUCUGAGGAUCCGGGUGAACAAAAUCAGUUUACAAGACUAUGAAGGAUUCCACUAUGACAAAGAGAAGCUCCGGGAAGCUUCCAUCCCUCUGGGUAUUCUAGUUGUGCGUGGAGACUGUGAUUUGGAGACUUGCCGUAUGUACAUAGAUCGCCUGCAGGAGGACCUGCAGUCAGUUUCUUCUGGCUCCCAGAGAGUUCAUUACCAGGACCACGAAACCUCCUUCCCCAGGGCGCUCUCAGCUCAGAGACUCUCCCCACGGUGGUGCUUUCUAGAUGCUACUUCUGCUGAUCGCUUUUAUCGAAUAGACAGAUCUCAGGAACACUUGCACUUUGUGAUGGAGAUUUCUCAAGAUGAGAUUUUUAUUCUGGACCCAGAUAUGGUGUUGUCACAGCAGGCAGGGACACCCCCAGGAAUGCCUGAUCUGGUGGUGGAGCAAGCCUCCGGAAUGACAGACUGGUGGAAUCCUGCCCUCCGGAAACGCAUGCUGAGUGACAGUGGGCUGGGAAUGAUAACUCCGUAUUACGAAGAAGACUCAGAUCUGAAAGAUUUCAGCCACUCCCGAGUGCUACAGUCACCAGUCUCUUCAGAAGAUCACGCAAUUUUGCAGGCAGUAAUAGCUGGUGAUCUUAUGAAGCUAAUAGAAAGCUAUAAAAAUGGAGGCAGCCUGCUAAUUCAGGGACCAGACCACUGUUCACUCCUUCACUACGCAGCUAAAACCGGCAACGGGGAGAUUGUGAAAUAUAUCCUUGACCACGGACCUUCUGAGUUAUUGGAUAUGGCAGACAGCGAAACGGGUGAGACCGCACUGCACAAGGCAGCUUGCCAGCGGAACCGGGCUGUGUGCCAGCUUCUGGUGGACGCAGGAGCAUCUCUGAGAAAGACGGACUCCAAGGGUAAGACACCUCAAGAGAGAGCACAGCAGGCCGGGGACCCGGAUUUGGCAGCCUACCUAGAAAGCCGCCAGAACUAUAAGAUCAUUGGCCAUGAGGACCUGGAAACUGCUGUUUGACCCUGGUAGACAGGCUGAGAGAAUCUGAACGAGCAUAUCACCUGUGCCCUCCUGGUGAUUGGGCAGCUCCCCUGGAAGAAGCUGAUGGAAUCCAUAAAUCUGUCUCUCUCCUGCAAGAAUCUAUCUGAGACCAUGCCACCAGUUUUAAGGGCUACCAAGAUGUACAACAGAACAUGAUAGCCCACUGAGGACGAGGCAGGAUACCUGGAGAUUUGUGGAAUACAGAUUCCACAAAAUUCGAUCCUUAUUGCUGCCAGCAAGUAGCAUGAACUUCUGUGUUCACCUGUAUAAUUUAUUUUAAAGAUUCAAGGAUGUUUGUAUAAAUGGCACUGCUCCCUCCGCCCCCUAUGCAUUCACCUUUCCCCCGUACCGCACAAUUCUCCUGUAAUGACCCAUCAAUUUAAAAAAUAUGAUAUGAUCGGUUCUCUUUACAUUCAGCCUUUGGAGACCAGAAGACUCUGAAGGUCUUUUCAAACCCUCUGGCUGUCCUGCAAAAAUAUAACCGUCAGACCGCUUCCAUUUCCACGACUCAACAUACCGAGACUACUUAGUGACCUUUGCAUGUCUCCUCUCCCCCUCCUUAAUCCCUUUUCGUUAUACAGGAGCUGGGAAGUGCCACAGAAAUAAUGUCAGCUUGUGUGCAAUAUCUCUGAGGCGUGGCAAGGUGGCAUGGGAGUUGUCUGGGCUCAGAGGUACCUCAGAGAGGGGACCCAGGGGUCAACCCAGGUGGCAGGGCUGUUGCCGAGAGCCACGGAGGACCGGUUCAGCUUGGGCUGUUGGUCCAGCUCCGUACUGCCUACAUGUAGCCAUCUUUGCCUUUUGCUGCAAUAGAGAUGAGCAAUGGAUUCAACAAAGGCCCACAGCUAGUUUGCAGAACCACUCAAUUUUAAGUGCUGCUGAAAUUGCAGAGCAGAAAACCAUGUGUGGGAACUGUGGUUACAGGAAAUGGAGCGCUACGACAGCGUUUACUUUUAGGCUUUUUUGACUGAUAAUAGAAAGCAGGCUAAUCGACUGGAAAUAAAACAGCAAAAGCAAAAGUAGCAACAUAUGUCAAAAUAACUCACUUAAGCAAGAAAACAGUCGCUGGAAUGUUGCACAGAGGCUAAAAGAUUCAGGUACAGUGGUGAGAGGGGGCCCAUUUUAGGUUUUCCUUCUAAGGUUUUGGUUUUCAUUACCCCAAGUAAGCCUUGUCCCAAGGACAAAGCCUUGUUUUAUGAGUUCCACUGCCAGAUUUCCGAGAUGCCUGGAUCUUUCUGAUGGAUGCCUCACCUGCUACUACUUGUCAGGUUCCAAGGUCAUACCUGAUAGCACUAUAGCCCCAUAGCUCAUGUACAGGGUGGUCAAAUAUAUUCUUUUUUUCUGUUUCCCCUACCAGAAUGUUCUUAGUGCAGACUACUGUGGGAGUCUAGCCAGGAACAUCUUGCUGGCAGUAGAAUUACAGCUUCUAAUCCUGCCACGGAUCAUUGGUACUUACAGGCACCUCUAUUAAGGACUCUAUGAUAACUAAAGUAUCAGGAGAAAAAGUCUUCUUUCACUGAAAAGAUCUACUUGACUUGGGUAUAAGGCAAAAGUGAAAGUGGGUGACCUUUUUGCUUUAAACUAAAUCGAUGUCUUCUGAGCUUCUUCCAUUUAGUUCUUAGACAUAAAGUGUUUCCCUAGUGUUUCUGCAUGUAAACAUAAAUGACUGUCUCUCUACAUUUAAUUUAAAGCUCCAGCGGUGAUGCCUUGCUUGUCUGAACCACUUUUGGUCACGUAUCAUUUUGAAAGUACAAAGAUGAUAUAUACUGGAUUAGGCUGGAAUAGCCUCUCAGUGGAUGGGGUCUAAGUCUGUCCUUAGUUGUUUCAAAGUCAAAUGGUUGGCGUUAUUUCCAGCUGUGGGAGAAUGGGUUGGUCGUGAGUAAUCUAUUUCCAUAUAUCAGUCUUAGAAAUGGAACUAUGUUUUGGGUUUUCUGGUGAGGGCAAAAGGGACUGGAGUAGAUUAUUUCCAGAAGCUAGAAGAAAGAAAAAAGCUCCAGGAGAAUUUGAUCACUGGGCUUCUGCUGGGAGUUUUCCAGUUGGUGGGACUGUCAAGGAGAUGUUGUGAUGACAGACAUAUAAUCCUUAUGACAGACUGGAAUCUGGCUUUGAAUGGUGCCUUCCAUUCCCUAGAUUGAGCCAAGCACUUGGCUCUGCAGCCAGUUACCAGCUGCCAUUGCUGGGAUGAAGGACUCUGCUUUCACCAACUACCGUCUCAUAUUUCUCUGGUAUGCUUCAAAGCGGCCCAGAGAAAAUUGAGGGUACAGGUGGCUAUGGGCCAAUUCAAAUAGCUCCAACUGAAGUCAUACGUAAAUCCUUGAUAUGGAAAUAGAUGAGGUAAUGACUACUGUAGGGGUCCUGGUGCAUUUGGAAAUUCUUCCAAAGCAAAAAAAGAAAGACAUUAAUGUCCUAUGUUAUUGAUGGGGAAUGACAUAGGACCAAGGCAAACACCCAGAGAACUUAGGUUUUACAAAAAAAAAAAAAAGCAUCAAAAAUGAUCAGAACAGUGACCUAUUUAAUGGCUUCAACAUUAAAUCUACCUCCUGUAGCUUUUUUUUAAAAAUUUGCCACUGCAUGUGACAGUCCUGGGCUUUAGAAAGAGCAAAGAGAAUGUACUCAGGAGUUUCCAACUCAGCUUAGGGUAGGUAGUAUCCCCUCUAAUGGGCCAUCGGGAAGUAUAGAAGCAACAGUCUGGCCCUGGUCUGAAAAUCCACAUUACUUUAAGAGACAUAAAACUAUAUACCUAUAGAAAUACAAUUUUCUACAAAACCAACUGAGAUGGUACUGCCAAGAGUAGCUAGCUUAGCUGCCAAUCCUCUGUGUUUGGCUCAGAAGAGCCUUCCAUGUCGUGGCACUGUCUGCUCUGGGAUUCCAUUUUUAGAUUAGACUGAUAGAGGCAUGAGAAAUGGAGAGUUAUUAAAAGCCAACAUUAUAUAACCUUAAAGGCAGUCAUUUGUGCAGCCUUAUAUUCCAGUAUUACACGUUUAAUGAAAAAGAACCCAGUUGAGCUAUGCUUGAUCACAUUCAAGGACUUGAUAAAGAACAGAAGCCAGGAAUGAAAUAAACACCACAGCCGGGAAUGUCACUUGGAGAGUUUUGGUUACCUCUGUAGAGGUUAUGACCUAAAAUGAAUGCAAUUUCUGAAACAGAGAAUUUAGCUGGCAAGUACACAGCCAUGAAACUAGUGACAGAUGCUGGAAAGCCUCACAUUACCCGUUGUUCCCCAUCCUUCCAUCCUAGCUGGCCUUAGUGCGUAGGCAGAUCCGUUUGCAUUGAGACAUACUCAACAAGUAGGUAGUUUUCAUUUAGACCUAGUAACAGUUUCUUUGCCUAAAGGAUUUCUGGAAUUUAUUGACUAGACUCCUCACAAUAUCCAUGUCUUAGAAAAUGUGGGUGCAGCAGUUUUAUUUUUUUACAUGUCAUUUUUAUUUUAAAUGCUUAGAUUUUUAAAUUAUAAAAGUAGAACGUGCUUUUUAUAAGAAGUUCUAGUACCACAGAAGAGUAUCACAUGCAAAGUCAAGCUGUCCCUCUCUGCUGGUGUAGUGUCCUCUGUCCCGCCCCCCAAGAUAAACAGCGGGAAUAUCGAUAAACAUUGUUGCUUGUAUGUUAUGUCAGAAAUACUCUGUGCAUAUACAAGCCCCAAUACACAUAGAGGAAUGCAUUUAUUUGUAUACAUAUAUGUGUAUAUGUCCUAUACACACAUAUUGCAUAGGUUUAAGAAAACAUUUUAGAAGCAUGCUAGUCAUCUGUGCCUGUGUAGUUAACACCAACAGACAAAGAUAAGGUAACAGAAAUUUUUCAUUUAUUCUUUGUUAUUUUUACUGUUACUAAGCUUAGUUCUAUUACUGGAGCACUCCAAUCGCACAUGGCAUUUGCUCUUGCCUGUGUCAUAAAAUCUAUGGCCAAGAGGUCUUGUAAUUGUUUUUGUUACCUUCCAUGAAGCAUGAAACCUACCUGAGCCCAGAGACUUGUUUAUGCUAUUUGUGGAUCUCAAGUGGAGAGUUCCGUCCUCUGUGAUGCUUAGACCCCUUUACGAGGCUGAGUUACAGGAUUCACUCAGUAGGCUGCCUAAUGAUGUCUACUUCUGGUAAGCUACCGCGAAAAGCCAUAGUAACUUGGAUAUGGGUGCGGUCUGAGUAGCUAGGCUUCCUUCUAGUAGGAGUAGCUAAUGAAAUCACUGAGAACAGCAUGAUAUUUUAUGCAAUUAUGCUAUUUAAAAAUAAAAUAGAUGGUUGUUAAACUGGCUUGUCAUAACCAUCCAAUAAAACUACUAAUUGCUCUACUUAAAUGGAUUAUUUUCAUUUUAGGGGGAAAAAGUAGAAUGUCCAUUAGAGAGUUUUCUAAUUAACAUUUAUUUAGUAAUAAAAUAACUUCUGCCCAGGUCUUAGUAGAACCAUCUCUGAAUAUCUCAACUUUCUUAUUCUCUAAAUGCCAUUCAGCUGAUUUUUAUAAGUCCUAUGGUUUUUCCUCUGCCCAGCCUCUCAGACUGACUUUGGCUCCACCCCUUUUCUGUGUCCUGGUCAUCACCCCAUAGCUAGUCCCUCUGAUUGUCUGCCCAUGGCAACUGUCCUGCUCCUGGACUUUCUGCCACUACCUUCAAUGACUCUGAAAUACAGUUGUCCGUCUCCCCCAGAUGUUAUGCUCAAAAUGGAUCAAAAUGAAAUUCCUCUCUGGGACAAGUAUCCCUUUUUCCUGAAGGACAAAGAGACUUCCACUGACCUUGAUCAGCUUGUAUAUUUACAACAGCCCUUAUUCUGAGAAGUAAUCUCCCAGAUCGAUUUAGCAAAUUUCUGUCAUAGUCACACCACAAAAGUACCCAAUCGUAGCAGCUGCUUCCACACCCAGCGAUGUAAACAGUGCACUCCACGGAGUCACCUGGGUGACUGGAUUAUACGCACGUUAUACCCCUACUGGCAGUCUGUGGAUUCUAGACCAUCUCCCCACAGUUUAGUAAGAAACCUAAAAAUAGGAACUAAGCAAGGAAUAGUGCUCCUGACAAUGUGCUUGCCCAGGACACCAAGAGUUACUGAACUGGUCGCCCCCCAAAAAAAGCAGAAAAAAUAAUUCUUAGGCUGUUGAAGCAUUACAUUUUAAAGCAGAGAUUUGAAUAUUGGAUGGUAUCGUCAUGGUGGACAGAUUCUAGAGUCUCUUUAUACAUGCAUUCAUUCAUUUCACCUGCAAUCAUCUGUUCACAGAAUUGAUCACACAAUCAUGUAUUUAAUCAUUUAUUGUGAAAUAUGUUUAUCAUUUACUCUGAUGCAGGCACCGUACCAAGAAUAUAAGAAUGAACGCAAGAGACAAAACUCCUGACCUCAUGGAGCUCAGUCUAGGAGAACAUACAAAUUCCAAUCUGAUAAGUUCUGUACAGGAGAAGCCCAUGGUACUAGGGGAGCAUGCCCUGCAGGUCAGCUUUUGUUGUACCAUCGUUCUUUAGCUAGCCGUAUUUUAGUUCUAUGAAACGAGAAUAUGAAAGAAGAAAUAGUUCGCAUUCGCUUUUCCUUAGGGUCUUGGCACUGUUCUUAAAAAAUGGAUUUGAAACCAAGACUUUAAGAUGAGACUUAGAAACACGACUAAAAUGAGAGCCAAAACUGUUUAUCCUAUUUCUCAAGGACAGAAGUAGGAACAAGAGGCAGAACUUGCAGUGGAUUUUGACCGAAUAUAAAGGUGAAGCAUAAAUAUCGUCCAACAGCAGAGUGGGCCCAGAAUUAGAAACUCGUAGUCAUGGGGAGUGUUUAAGCAGAGGCUACAUGACCACCUGGAGGGGUGUUGUGACUCGGGACAUGAACCUGAGGGGGCUGGAUUAGAUUCUGGGAGUUUUUUAAACGUUCUUUUAAAAUGACUUUGUUGAAUGGCAGGGUUUCAUUUUAAAAUUUUAUAAAAAUCUUGACUUUAAAUCUUUUAAAACAUUACUUUGUAACAGAGUCUCUAAAGAGGAUGACAUUUAGUUAUCAUCUAAAAAUCUCAAAACUAAGCAUGAAUUUAAGAGCUAAUGAAAAGAAAGCAUACUAAGAGGUAUAAGUUACUCCAGAACACUUCCGGAAGCAUUAUGGAUUUUCAUGAAUAUUCUUAGACAUUCUUAAGUCCUAUUACAAAUCUGUUUUACUAUCCAUUCAAUAUAAAAAAGUGCUGUGAUUUGAUAUUCUUAGAAUUAAAUGUAAUCUGGAAUAACCACAGAAGAAAAUUCUGCCUAAAAUAUAUUUGGGGUCCAAGUAAAUGUAAUUGAAAGGCAACCAUGGAAAGUGCCUUGGCUUCUGCUACUGGCAUGAUAAUUACAAGGGAGGGUUUACCCAUGGAAAUGAGAAAGCGAUGAUUCUGGGUUUUACCCAUUUUCCAUAGUUUCAGUAUUUUGAGCCAAAUGGCAUCUGACAUGGGAGACUUUAGUGAUGGGAACAACUGAAACUAUCUUGUUUCUCAAUCAUUUAGUGCAUA